CGGUCUUUCUCACGAUGUAGGCAUUGGACACUCAUCCCUGGUGCGACGAAAAUUAGUUGGAGGGACUGAGUGGAGAAUGAAGGGCACCUCUGGUCUAGUACGCGCCCCUUGAAACUCGCGGUCAAGAGUAGUAUCACAGGUAAUGUACGAGGCAAAUGGCUCUUGUCGAGUCGUUUCAAGCUUCAUAUUCUGUUGAGUUGCAUAUAUACUACUUAUUGCGACACGGUUUACUCUACUACCACAAGCACACUCAGUCUCAAGCUGCAUUACAAUCCACACUCACAGAAACAGUCAGCAAUACUCCUCAGCGCUACCACUCAUCAAAAGCUAUCCCAAAAUCAGUCUUACACCAUAUACAACUGCUCCUUCAAGAAGUCUUAUUCGACAUCAAGGACAUCGUAUACCAACCAUCUCAACAAGUUCAAGCAGAACCGAACGAACAAUCUAGAGCAAGUAUGAACCAGUCAAAAACCGGCAAUAUACCACAAACUAUGUGUGGAGAUACCUUCGAAUUGGCCAGCGACCAUAUCUCUGUGUACCGAGACGGUGGAGACGAGUUAUACGAUGCACCUAUUCCGGCAACAACGACACUCUCAGAUCUUCAAUCUCAGACGGCACACACGAACGCGUCUUCUCCUCAUGGUGUGUCCGGAUUUCUCCACUACGCAUCCUCGGUCAUUCAUGGACCCAUGAAUGACACCUUUACAGACAUGUGGACAUGCACUGCUUGCGGCGCUGAUAAUCCGGACUGGCACGACGAGGUCUGCCCUGUAUGUGGUGCGGCUAAAUAGAGUUUUUAGCGAUGGCGGUAUGCUGCCUUAGCUCACUCUUGUCAUUCCUGUCUCGCUUCUAUUCCCCAGUCCCGUUGUUUUCACGUCACGGAGGCUUGAUUUUUUUCUCAUCAGUUUCGUGUAAUUUCGGACUCUCUUAUUGCCUCAUGUCUUGUAACAUUCACUUCCCGUUCUUGCCCCUUCUUCGCACCUGUUGUU